UACCGACCGUCUAGUCGUCUAGCGUCGGCCGUCGCGCACAUUCAAGUUUAUUUAAUUUUACAGUUUAUAGUAUUUGCUAUUUAAUAAUACUUAUACAAUUAUACGUGAUCGAUCGAGGACAAGACAGCCGCACACAUCAACAUGAUCGGCGGUCUGUUCAUGUACAACCACAAGGGUGAAGUCCUGAUAUCACGAGUGUACCGCGAUGACAUCGGCCGCAACGCCGUAGACGCGUUCCGCGUGAACGUUAUACACGCGCGUCAGCAAGUCCGCUCACCGGUUACCAACAUCGCGCGCACUUCGUUCUUUCACAUCCGCCGAGCCAACAUUUGGCUGGCCGCCGUCACCAAGCAAAAUGUCAACGGUGCCAUGGUAUUCGAGUUCCUUAUACGAUUCACGCAGGUCAUGCAGUCGUACUUUGGUAAGAUCAACGAGGAGAACAUCAAGAACAAUUUUGUGCUCAUCUACGAGUUGCUCGACGAGAUACUUGACUUUGGCUAUCCGCAGAAUUGUGACACAGGUGUACUCAAGACGUUUAUUACACAGAUGGGCGUCAAGUCGCAGAGCAAGGAGGAGCAGAUGCAGAUCACGUCGCAGGUCACUGGCCAGAUUGGUUGGCGACGUGAAGGUAUAAAGUACCGCCGUAACGAGCUGUUCCUUGAUGUGCUGGAGUAUGUUAACUUGCUUAUGUCACCUCAGGGUCAAGUGUUGUCAGCGCAUGUUGCAGGUCGCAUACUUAUGAAGUCCUACCUAAGCGGCAUGCCUGAAUGUAAGUUUGGUAUUAAUGAUAAGAUAGUUAUGGAGUCCAAGGGCACCAAAAUCCUUGACGACACAGGCUCGAGGACAGCUUCUGGUAAACCAGUUGUCGUCAUUGACGAUUGCCAAUUUCAUCAAUGCGUAAAGCUUUCAAAAUUUGAAACUGAACAUUCCAUAAGCUUCAUUCCGCCUGACGGUGAAUUUGAGUUAAUGCGUUACCGUACCACCAAAGACAUAUCAUUGCCGUUUAGAGUUAUACCGUUGGUAAGAGAAGUAGGUCGUACUCGCAUGGAAGUUAAAGCCGUAUUGAAGUCUAAUUUCAAACCCUCCUUGCUAGGGCAAAAAAUCGAAGUAAAGAUCCCUACUCCCUUGAACACGGCCGGUGUUCAAUUGUUAUGUCUAAAAGGAAAAGCCAAGUAUAAGGCUUCAGAUAAUGCAAUUGUGUGGAAAAUUAAAAGGAUGGCAGGUAUGAAGGAAACACAGUUAUCAGCGGAAAUCGAUCUUUUAGAGACUGAUACUAAGAAAAAAUGGACAAGACCUCCAAUUUCGAUGAAUUUUGAGGUACCAUUUGCUCCUUCUGGGUUCAAAGUUAGAUAUUUAAAAGUGUUUGAACCAAAGUUGAAUUAUUCCGAUCACGAUGUUGUUAAAUGGGUUCGUUAUAUUGGGCGAAGUGGAUUGUAUGAAACUAGGUGUUAAACAAAUAAAACUACUAUACUUAAUUUAAUUAUUUCCCUGUGUUCUGUUCCAGAAUUGUUUACAUAUUUAUUAAUAUAAAAUAUAAUAUUUAUUGUAUUAUAUUAUAUUUUU